AAACGCGAUUAGUUGGGCGGCAGCAUUGAAAGCGACGCGACGCGACGCGACGCACAAACGUGCCACAAAAGACUUCGCUGCGGAAGUGGAAUUGUGGGCAAUUUCCGGUGAUUUGCAUUCGAUGCGACCUUUCAAACGCUUUGACCUCAAAGUGUGACCAGGGUCAGUUACAGUGACAGCUACAUUAACAGUUGGCCAUAGCCAUUCUCAGCUUGAAGCUAGUGGCAGCCGGUCGAGGCAGCAAAUGUCUGUGCAACUAUUCUUUCUCGUGUUGUGGUUGUUGCAUGCCGCUUGCGGCAACAGCCCGGACAACGAUGUGCUGCGCUUUGGCGAGCAGCUGGAGCAGCUGCUGGACAAAACGCGUUCGCCCUGUCAGGACUUUUAUGGCUAUGUCUGCGGGCGUAGCGCGAAUGGGAAUCAAACGCUGCGCCGCCAGCAGGAACAGCAGCGCUUCCAGCAGCUGUUGCGCGCAGCCAAUCCCAUCCAGCUGCUGGACAUGGAGCGGCAGCUAUUGAACUUUUACAAGUCCUGCGAGAACACGCGCACCGUGGACUCGCUCAAGUCCUCGCUCCUGUACAGAAGCAGCGGCGGCUGGCCCGUUCUGGACGCCGGCAGCAAUCGGACGGCGCUGGGCUGGCUGGCAUUGCUGGGCCAGUUCCAUGAGAUGGGUGCGCCAUACUUUUUCGAGAGCAGCAUCAGCAUGCAGUCGAAUCAGCGGCUGGUCACACUGCAGCCGGAUCUGACCAGGCGGCACACGUUGCGCAAGUUCGAGCAGCGUGUGGGCGAGCUGCUCCAGAGCUUUGGCGUGGAACAGAGUCGCGCCCAUGUCGCCGCGCUGGAGGUGCUCAGCCUCGAGCGCAGUCGUCGCGACAUUAUCAAAACCGAACGCAUCGACGACCAGGUGCAGUUCAGCUAUGCCAACUUCAAGCGCUCGACCAUUGGCAACAUUUCGAUGUCGCGCCUCGACUGGGACGGCUACUUUCGGCGGCUGCUCGGCGGCAAGACGCUGCAGCCGACGGAUGCGAUUGUCGUCAAGCAGCUGCCACGCCUCGUCGACUACAUGCAGCUGCUCCAAAAUACUAGCAUGCAUCGCCUGCUCAACUGGAUUUGGAUUGAUUAUCUGAUGGACAUCUCUGCCGCCGACUGCCAGCAGCUGGCUGAGGCCUAUGCCGGCGACGUCUAUGCGCAUCUGCUGCAGCGCCUGAGCUCGGAUCGGGUGCAGCUGACGCACAUGUACGCGGCGAUGGGUCGGGCCUACAAGGAGCAGCUGUCGGGCAGCGUGUGGAUCGACGAGAUCUCCGAGCAGGGCUCGCAGCGUUUUCUCAGCCAGCUGAUGCACGUGCUGCUCAACGGAGACGCGCGCCUGGAUGCCGCCUACCAGCCGCUGCAGCUGGGCCGGCGCAGCUUCUAUCGCAACAUGGAGAAGCUGCGGCGCUUCCAGCACAGCCGCCAGCCGCCCAGCGCCGCGGCGCUGCAGCUGCGCCAAUACGCGCAGAUCUUCGAGACAAUUAACGGGCUGCUGGCCAAGCAGCAGCAGAGCCUAAGCGCGCCGCUCAACUAUGUGCUGCUGUCGGAGCGCUUGGGGCGUCAUCUGGUGGCCGCCGGCAGCAGCAGUCGCACGCCCGGCGCCUGGCGCAGCUCCGACUCGGAGCAGCAAUUUGCCCAGUUCCAGAACUGCAGCCAAGCGGGCAGCAACACCAACGCCCACGAGCUGCUGCUCAGCAUGUGGGCGCAGCGCCUGGCGGGCAGCUGCUACAAGCUGUGGCUAACGGGACAACAGGCCGCAGUCGCCAGUUUGAAUCCGCAGCUGACCGUCGGCCGGCUGCAGUUGACGCUGCAGCGGCUGUACUUUGUGGGCAGCCUGCUGGUGGAGUGCCCGCGCGAGGGGCUGCCAGGGCAGCAGGAGCGCAAGCGGCAGCUGCAGCACGCGCUCUUGCGUAACACGCCCGAGUUCAGCGAGGCCUUCAGCUGUCGGCCAGGCGAUGCGCUCUACGCGCAGCAGCAGCGCUGCCCGCUCGCUGCAAACGCGUGACAAGAAAAAAAAAAAAAAUGUGAAGAGAAAAGGAAACGUGGAAAACUUGGACAUUGGCCUGUAGUCAACUUGAAUGCAUAAUAAAUGGAUUGAAAUGUGAAACAGA